AUGAGCUUCAACUUUGGAUCAACUGCAGACUUUGAGCCCCGGCCUUCAGAUGCCUCACCCAUCUCUACUCCCCGAAUGGGAUCUUAUCCAAAUUUCUUACGGAAUAUUGACAACCCAGUAGGCGUGGGCAUGGGAGCCACCUCUAGGCCUCAGAGAGAUCGUAUAGCAGCUAACAGGCCAUACACCCCUUCAGCAAGGCCGCCUCUGCAAUCAGCUCAUGGUACAAGCAGCUUUCCGGUACCUACCAAUGGGCAAGAUGUUCGCCACCUCGGGGUUUCGCCUGAUGGCCAUGACGACUGUCCCCCAAGUCCAAUAAAUAGAUCAUCUUACUUUUCUGACUCUGGACAUGCUAAUUCAACCUCAAAUGAGGACAUGGAUGAACUCGAUGAGUUCGACAGCUACCUGCCCCAGCCUGUAGCAAACGGCUAUCAAGAGCUGACAGUUCCCAUCUUCAACAGUAGUAUGCGUAAGACCCCAAGGUCUAACAAUGAAACGGCAGUCCUAAUGACGUGGGUUGAUGAAAUUAGAGCUCAGUUUGCUCUAGAGCCCAACCAAGUACGCGAAAUCAAGGGCAUGGUCGUUCUUGCUCGUAAUAUGGAAACAGAACCACUCAAACUUCAUCUUCUUACACACGCAGCCAUAUGUCGCUCAGAAAAUAAAUACACCUACAACAAUUCGCAGUCUUCAUCUGUUAAAGAAGUGGUUGACGUUGCCAUGAAUCAGCUUUCGAAGCAUGUGGAAAUACCGGCUGACACAAAGAACGUUCUUCGUAUGAUUGCGCGUGAUGAAUGUGCAAAUCCUACACGUAGUUCCUACGGUGAUGUGGGAAUCGCAGUCUGGGCAAGAUCGGCAAAAGCUGCAGGAAACAAGAUUCUGCAACAAUUUCGCGAUGAUAUAAUGGCGACUAUCGUUAUCGAUGAGAGUGGAAAGAAGGAAACUCAGAACUUGGAAAAGGCUACACAUGCACUCUGCAAGAAAUACGUCAAAGGUGGAGGUGGUGGAACAUUGCACCAAUUUCGCUUUGCCGUGAUUCGCCGUUUUAUGCGUGAAUCUGAGUGCGACGAACAAGGACCAGUGUUGAAGAGACGGAAGACAAAUAAUGGGGGACGUCAAGCGCAGGAUGAGGCCUUUUGGGGUCGUUUUGACAAAUGUCUUAAAGAGAAGAUUGAUGAUUAUGGUCCGAAUGUGAAAGUCGGCAAGUGGAAGGAAUAUUUCUGUGAGACUGUGCAGGCGGACUGGGAGCGUUUCGGAAAACCAAGUAACGUGCUGCUCCCUGCUCUUCCCAUCACAGCCAGCAAUAACGGAACAACAACUGUACGUGCCCCUCUGGCAGAGGUUCCUAAUAACGCCCACAGCGUUCCUAGAGCCCCGGGGGACAUAGAAGAUGGAUUGGCAAACCAUGAUGAUGAAUAUACUCAGUUCUAG